UCCGUCGGCUACGUGUUUGAUUAUCUGUAGCGCAGCAGGGAGCCGUUGUUAGUUGUAUCAGGUUUUCAACCGCUUCGAAACCCACCCAACACUCUUCUCAUUUUUCUUUUUUCUUUUUCUCGAAUACAGAUCCGUAUUCUUCGAGUAAAUCUUUCUCCGUAAGCAUCGGAGUUAUAUAUUAGCCCCCUGCAGUUCCAAAACCAAUACCUCAAAUCUCGAACCCAAAUCCGAAAUCCCAAAAGAAAAGAGAACAACCGAUCAUGAGCGCUGAAACCGCCUCCUCCAAUGGGAUUCAGAUCCACCAUACCCGGAGGCUACCUGACUUCCUCCAGAGCGUGAAUCUAAAGUACGUGAAACUCGGCUAUCACUACCUGGUGUCCCACCUCUUGACCCUCUGUUUGGUCCCUCUUGUAGCCGUCAUUAUCGUCCAAGCCUCCCAGCUCAACCCAGAUGACGUUCAUCAGCUCUGGCUCCAUCUCCAGUACAACCUCGUCACCGUCGUUAUCGUUUCCGUUGUUCUCGUAUUCGGAUCCACCGCCUACAUCAUGACCCGUCCGAGAUCUGUUUACCUGCUCGACUACUCAUGCUAUCGCCCGCCGUCGCAUCUCCAGGUCAAGUUCCAACAGUUCAUGGAGCACUCCAAACUAACCGGGGAUUUCGACGACUCGUCGUUGGAGUUCCAGCGCAAGAUUCUCGAACGUUCCGGUCUCGGCGAGGAGACCUAUGUCCCUGAAGCUAUGCACUACAUUCCUCCUAGGCCAUCCAUGAUCGCAGCUAGAGAAGAGUCGGAGCAAGUCAUGUUUGGAGCCUUGGAUAAUCUAUUUGCCAAUACCAAUGUCAAGCCCAAGGAUAUCGGUAUUCUAAUUGUAAAUUGUAGCUUGUUUAAUCCAACGCCAUCGCUUUCGGCUAUGAUUGUUAACAAGUAUAAGCUGAGAGGUAACAUUUUGAGCUUCAACUUGGGAGGUAUGGGCUGCAGCGCUGGUGUUAUAGCUAUUGAUCUUGCCAAGGAUAUGUUGCAAGUACACAGGAACACUUGCGCAGUUGUUGUUAGCACCGAGAACAUUACUCAGAACUGGUACUUUGGAAAUAAGAAAUCAAUGUUGAUACCCAAUUGCUUGUUUAGAGUUGGAGGUGCUGCUGUUUUGCUGUCGAACAAACCUUCCGACAGGCGGAGAGCUAAGUAUAAGCUCGUACAUGUCGUGAGGACUCAUUGUGGAGCCGAUGACAAGGCCUUUAGGUGUGUUUAUCAGGAACAGGAUGGUGCUGGGAAAACCGGGGUUUCCUUAUCUAAGGAUCUCAUGGCCAUUGCUGGUGGAGCUCUCAAGAGAAACAUCACAACAUUGGGUCCCCUUGUGCUUCCCAUAAGCGAGCAGCUUCUGUUCUUUACUACCUUGGUGGCCAAGAAACUACUCAAUACGAAAGUGAAGCCGUAUAUCCCAGAUUUCAAGCUUGCUUUCGAUCAUUUUUGCAUACAUGCUGGUGGGAGGGCUGUCAUUGAUGAGCUUGAGAAGAAUUUGCAGCUCCUCCCUGUACAUGUCGAGGCGUCAAGGAUGACUCUGCACCGGUUUGGUAACACUUCGUCCAGUUCGAUUUGGUACGAGCUAGCUUACACAGAAGCGAAGGGGAGAAUAAGAAAGAGGAACCGUGUAUGGCAGAUUGCGUUCGGGAGUGGUUUCAAAUGUAAUAGUGCAGUUUGGGAGGCCCUCCGGAAUGUGAAACCCUCUCCUAAUAGUCCAUGGGAAGAUUCCAUUCACAGGUACCCAGUGCAGAUACUUUCUUAGGUUCGGCCACAAUUUGGUUUAAGGCUCUUAGUUUAGUCGUCAGAAAAAAAAAAAAAAAAAAAAAAAAAAAAAAAAAAAAAUGAUGCGUCGAAAACUUUGAACGAGGCGAUUGUCAAUAAUCUCGUUCUUUGGUCACCCCUUUUACUCUAUAUAUAUAUAUAUAUAUAUAUUUUUAGAUAUUGAAUUAGUGGUUCAAUGUCUGUGAUGUUUGAGCUUGAAAGCUUAUAGCUUUGUUUGGUUGUGUGUAUUGUUGAGAGUAUUGUAUGGCUUAAUUUCUUAACAAAACUUAGCUCUUACAUGA